GAAAAAUCAGUACCUAUUCAAUUAGAAAGAAACAAAAAAUGGAGAAAUCGACACUGAUCUCACUCAUUCUUCUCUCCUUGAUUGGAAAAUUAGGGGUUUAUGCUUUAUACGGACCAUCUUCCCCAGUUCUUCAGCUUACCGCCGACAAUUUCAAGUCCAAGGUCCUUAAUUCAAAAGGCGUAGUUGUGGUUGAGUUCUUCGCACCAUGGUGUGGUCAUUGUCAAGCGCUGACACCUACGUGGGAGAAGGCAGCUACUGUCUUGAAAGGCGUAGCGACUAUCGCGGCUCUCGAUGCUGAUGCUCACCAGUCACUAGCUCAGGAGUAUGGAAUCAAAGGGUUUCCUACGAUUAAGGUCUUUUCACCAGGAAAACCUCCUGUAGACUAUCAAGGAGCUAGGGAUAUCAAGCCCAUCGCGGAAUUUGCACUGAAACAGGUAAGAGCACUCGUGAAGGAACGUCUGGAAGGGAAGUCAUCGGGAGGAUCCAGUAAGAAGUCAGAACCCAGUGCUUCAGUUGAAUUGAACUCAAGUAAUUUUGAUGAACUGGUACUCAAAAGCAAGGAGCUCUGGAUUGUCGAGUUCUUUGCUCCCUGGUGCGGACACUGCAAGAAGCUUGCUCCUGAGUGGAAGAGGGCAGCCAGCAGUCUGAAGGGCCAGGUGAAGCUGGGUCAUGUAGACUGUGACGCCGAAAAAUCUUUGAUGAGCAGGUUCAAUGUGCAAGGAUUUCCCACUAUCAUGGUGUUCGGUGCUGACAAAGACAGUCCAUUUCCAUAUGAAGGUGCCAGAUCAGCAUCAGCAAUUGAAUCAUUUGCGUUGGAACAGCUUGAAACAAAUGCUCCCCCUCCUGAAGUGACUGAAUUGACUAGCCCUGAUACUUUGGAGGAGAAAUGUGGUUCAGCUGCCAUCUGCUUUGUUGCCUUUUUACCUGACAUAUUGGACUCCAAGGCCGAGGGCAGAAACAAAUAUCUCGAUCUUUUGUUAUCUGUUGCAGAAAAGUUCCGAAAGAGCCCCUUCAGCUUCCUUUGGGCUGCUGCGGGUAAGCAAUCUGAUCUUGAAAAACACGUCGGAGUUGGAGGCUAUGGGUAUCCAGCUUUGGUAGCCCUCAAUAUCAAGAAGAAAGUUUUUAACCCACUUAAGAGCGCAUUUCAGCGUGCUCAGAUUAUAGAGUUUGUGAAUGAAGCAAGUCAGGGUGGAAAAGGAACCCUGCCUUUAGAAGGAAGCCCUGAAAUAGUGAAGACAGAAGCAUGGGAUGGUAAAGAUGGAGAGAUAUUUGAAGAAGAUGAGUUCUCCCUUGAAGAACUUAUGGCUGAUGAUGACACUCUUGCUACUAAGGAUGAGCUCUAGUUUUACAAUUUUUUCUUUUAUUUUAUUUACAUUUAGAGAAAACAUUUAAUUGAGCUAAAAACAGUUUUGAUUGUUGAAUUGGCAUUGCAACUCUUCUGAAUGCUUUAGUUGUCUUAAUACAACAGUCUUACUCGUCGUCUGUAGGGGCUUGUGCACAUGUAUGUGUUAUACGCGUGUGUGCACUUGAAUAUAAUCGAAUGGUAAAACUUUUUACGACUU